CACAAUAACAAAAGUCGUGAAAAUCGGGAAAAUUAAGCCUAAUUUAAGCUUUUUAUCAGGUUUAAAGGAAAUUUUCGAACAUUUCAAGUCCAUUUUUCAACCGACAUCAACCUCGAGAUCAUUCUAAAAAAGCAAAAAGGAGGAAAUUCAGCAAGAAAAAUAAAGAACGAAGAUUUUCGCAAGAGGAAAAAUAAGAAAAAAACGAGACCAAAGAUGAAAAAGACGCUUUUCAGGAAAAAUUAACUUUGCGCUGCAUCGAUGUUUGUGUAUUUUUCGCACGAAACCUUCACUACCUUUUAUCAUUUAUCGAUUCCUGCAUUAAUUCUGCGUUUUUACGAUGUUCACGAACGGCAUACAAUGUAACUUGCCAUUUCCCAGCUGUUUCCGUUCCAUACCAAAAGACAGUGGCAGUGACGAACUCUUGCCAAAGAUGGGAAAUCAGGAGCCUGUCAUCUUGAAUGUUUACGAUAUGUAUUGGAUCAAUGAUUACACAAAUUCGCUCGGGUUAGGCGUUUAUCACUCAGGUGUCGAAAUCUACGGCGUCGAAUACGCUUACGGAGGACAUCCGUUUCCCUUUACAGGAAUUUUCGAAAUUGCUCCGCGUGACGACGUCGAACUCGGAGAACAAUUUAAAUUCAGACAAAGUAUUCAAAUUGGAACGACAGACUUUACGGAUGAGGAGGUGCGGAGAAUUAUCGAAGAGUUGGGAAAUCAAUUUCGGGGCGACAAGUAUCAUUUGAUGAAUAAUAAUUGUAAUCAUUUCUCACAAGGCGUCACACAGAUUUUGUGCGGAAAGGAGAUUCCAAGUUGGGUUAAUCGGUUAGCGCAAUUUAGCUCGUGCGUGCCAUUUUUGCAAAGGUGUUUACCAAAAGAAUGGUUGACGCCAAAUGCCUUGCAACAGAGUAUUUCUGUGAUCCAGGAACGAGAUUCCGACACAAAUUCACUCUGAGAGUCGCAUACGAACAACAUUAACUUGCUAAGUUCCCCUCCAACAACAAAUCACAAUCCCAUGUAGAAAUAUCUGUAGUUUUAGUUUGUAGCAAUUAGACGAUGAAAAUGGUGCAAGUUGCCAUUUCGUUUAUGAAAAAUCCCCAAAUUUUCUGUCAACAUCACCAAAUUACUCCCUUUACAAGUUUUGAAAACUUUUUGUUUGUUUUGUCGCACGGUGUUACUAAAAAAAAACGAUAUUUGCAAAAGAUGAUCGAAACAAUUUUGCCUAAUUAAUUAAUAAUAAUAUUUAAUAUAAAAUGAUAUUUUCUUCGGUAUACAAGAAUUAAUUAUUAUUAUUAUUUAUUUAUUGUACAUUUAUAUAAAAAUUAAAAAAAAAUUACGUUACAUUGAAUGUAGUGAACAAAAAUUAGUCAUUAGAAUUUUUUUUUUCGAUUAGAACAGAAAAAAAUACGAAAUCAUAGUUAGCAAACAAAAUUAUUUGUAAUAAGGCUUUUUAU